AUGUCCUUUUUUUCUACAAAUAAUGCAAGCAUCUCUUUCCCCUGUGAAGGUCUAGAAAAUCUGGUGCUGACCUAUGUCAAUGCCAUCAGCAGUGGGAACCUGCCCAGCGUGGAGAAUACAGUCUUGGCCUUGGCCCAAAUCAAGAAUUCAGCUGCAAUACAAAAAGCCAUUGCCCACUAUGACCAACAGAUGGGCCAAAAGGUGCAGCUGCCCACGGAAAACCUCCAAGAGCUGCUGGACCUGCACAGGACCAGUGAGAAGGAAGCCAUCGAAAUCUUCAUCAAUAAUUCCUUCAAGGAUGUGGACCAAAGGUUCCAGAAGGAAUUAGAGACCCUGCUGGAAGCAAAACAAGAUGAUUUUCGUAAGCAGAACUUGGAGGCAUCAUCAGAUCAUUGCUCAGCUUUACUUCAAGGUAUUUUUGGUCCUCUAGAAGAAUAUGUGAAGCAGCGGGUUUACUCAAAGCCUGGAGGGCACCGCCUCUUCAUUCAGAAGAGAGAAGAGCUGAAGGCAAAGUACUAUCAGGAGCCCAGGAAAGGAAUACAGGCUGAAGAAGCUCUGCAGAACUAUUUACAGUCCAAGGAGUCUGUGAGUGAUGCCAUUCUACAGACAGACCUGGUUCUCACCGCGAAGGAAAAGGAGAGGAAAGAAGCAUAUUUGAAAGCAGAGGCUGCAAAGGCUGAAGCACGAAGGUUGGAGGAGAUUCAAAGGCAGAACCAGCAAAUGAUGGAGGAGAGGGAGAGACAGCAUCAGGAGCAACUGGGACAAAUGGAGACAAACAGAGAUCAACAGCUGGCGCAGGAACAGAUGGCUCGGGAACGUCAGCUCCAGGAAGAGGCUGCAAAGCAGAGGGAGAGAGAAGAGGCUGAAAUAAGAAGACUUCAGAAUGAGAUUCAGCAACUACAGCAAGCAAAAUCACGAAAUGAUGAUUGUAUCUUACUCUAAAGCUAAAUAUCUGAACUUCUUUUCAUGUUCACUUUUCACUGAAGAUAGAAAGAAACAAGAAACUAUAAAACGUGGGACAAUUACCAUUUAAACAAAUGUUAUAAUAAUUAUAUCAAACUUUUGUAUUGUUACUAACUUAUGAUGCCCAUAAUUGGUAAAAUGUACAUUUCAAUAGUUUCAAUGAUGAUUACUUCCUUGAAAAGAUUAUGAAUUGUAUAACAGAGGGCAUUUGAUCACUGCAUUUAUUUGGUAGAAUAGUGGGCUGGUUCUCUCAGGGGAAACUUCCUCUUCUACCUCAAUGCCAUCCCUCUGAUUUUCUCAGGGGGGGAUUGAAAGUGACCUAGGGGGUGUGCGAUUCACAAUAGGCUCAGUCAAAUGGGACUUGAUCAACAUCUUGUACUCACUCAGGUGGGCAGCACUCCUGUCAAGUGGUCAUAUGCUGGAUGCCAUUGCAGGGAGUCAUCACUUUACAUAGCUUCUUAGUGGCGACAAUGUUCGAUUCUCAACUGUGUAGAGGCAGUCAGUCUAUGGGAAGUGAUGUGACUGCUGGUCAUGCUCAGUAGAGUUUGCUUAGGGAGAGUCUAAACUGUAAGCAAAUAGCACUGUAAUGAAGUAGAGGUGCUCUAGAAGUUAGAAC